ACGUAAAACAUUCAAAAAGAUGGCGGAAUUAAACGCAGACAAUGAAAAGAUUUUAAAAAGAGAUUCGACUGAAAUUAUUAAAAUUGGUAUUGAUAACAGUGACAAUGUGAGUUUAGAAGAAACAACAGGAACAGAAUUAAUUGAAGAAAAUAAGCAAAGUAAAGAAACACUCGGAGAAAAUUUAGAAAAUCCUCUAGAAAUAGAAUCUCAAGUUGAUAGUGCUGAUGGAAGGAGGCGAAAUAAAAUCAAUAAUAAUACUUAUGUAGCCAAGAAAACUGCGGCCCAAGGAUUAAUGGAUAUCGCAUUAUUAACAGCAAAUGCAAAUCAAUUACGUUACAUAAUUGAAUACAGUUCAUCAAAUUUAACAUUUGCAAUUAAUAUUACAUUAAUUUGUAUAUCAUUAUUAUUACAAAUAUUUGUUGGUAUAACAUUGGCAUUUCAAGGACGUUUCUAUUAUCGAGGUGAAUCAAAGAAGAAAAGUUGUAAGAAUUUAAAAAAUUAUAUUAUUAUAGGCGUAUUUUUAAUAACACUUGUUAAUGUAUUUAUUGCUAGUUUUACACAAAUUGUACCACGUGAUCAAAUUAUAGCCGCUAAUAGUAAAAGUAAAUAA